AACUGAAGAUGGUAGGUAAACUUAUCGAUAGUCACGAGGUCUUUAACAUUGCAAGGCAUUGAGUCAAAGAAUUCGAUUCUUAGUUUUUAUCAAUUUGGCUUAAAUUCCUAUUAUUAAGUUUACAUUGUUCUCAUGGAAUUAAUUAAAAGUGAACAACAGGAAUGGAUGAUUAAACCAACCGAAUGCCGAUAGCAUUAUCAGUCUGGCUGAUAAUAAUUGUUAAAAAUGCGAACAUUAUAUUAGAAGUAGUGGCAAUAAGCAACAAUGGACAGAAAGUGGAACACAGAAAACGUGGAGGAGCAGUGCUCGCUCCUGGCGACGGAUAUUUCAACCAGCUCGGCAGCAGCUGCUUCCGGAUCCGAGGACGAGGCGGUGGCCACCAGUGGGGCUGUACGCAGUAAAGCGACGCUGCGGAAGCGGCAGCUAAGAAAUCGCAUGCCGCUUCCCAGGAUGCUGAGACGCCUCGGCUGCUACACGCUGAGCGCCUUCAUAAUCUGUAUGCUGUUCCUCGUCUACCUGCCGCUCGUCUACUUGGAUGUGCACAAGCGUAGUGCUGGUCUGCCCGAUUGGACUCUGGAGACCUCCCGCAGCAUAGGUGACUAUCUGGAUCUGGGGCGCAACUCCGCUCUCACUGUUCCUAAGGACUUUUGCCGAAAUAAAACUUUCCUGAUAAUCGCCGUAUGCACCGGUGUCGACAACUUUAUUCAGCGACAGACCAUCCGCGAAACCUGGGGCAACACCACUGAGUUCAAUUACCCAGCCUUUGUAAAACUCCAUGGCCAUCUCAAGGGGCACUACCUGCCGCCACUGCCCGAGCGUUUAAAGAUGUACAGGGAUUACCUGAGCGGCGAGGGCGACUCGCUGACUGCCUCAGUGCGCAUUGUUUUCAUUGUGGGCCGCCAGAAAGAUGAGGCCCUGUUGGGCAACGAGACCCUGACUCGCAUUCACAUUGAAUCGGAACAGUACAACGACAUCAUUCAGGAUAACUUCGUGGAUAGCUACAACAACCUGACUCUUAAGUCUGUGAUGGCUCUAAAGCACAUCAGCCUCAGUUGCGUCAACACCUCGGCCUUCUUCCUUAAGUGCGACGAUGAUACCUUUGUGAAUAUACCCAAUUUGCUACACUUUCUGCUCGGAGGCACUAUACCGUUGUACAACGAUACCCUGGACUACCACGAUCGGUCCUCUUAUUUGGUCACUGCACCGCAAAACCGACUGAAAGCCAGCAGCGAGGUGAUGUAUGGCCAUCAGUUUUGCAACGUUGCGCCGGUUAGUGAAGUAAGCAGCAAGUGGUACAUGCCCUCGUACAUGUAUAAGCCGGGGUCGUAUCCCAAGUAUCUUUCCGGAGCCGGCUAUCUUUUCUCCAUCGAUGUAGUGCAGCGCUUGUUCGAGGCUUCGUUUAAUACGACGCUGGUAUACCUGGAGGACGUGUACAUCACUGGGUUGUGUGCGCAAAGGGCUAAGAUCGAUAGACACCACCACCCGCUCUUCAGUUUUGGCCACUCAAAACAGAUGUGCGCUUUUAAGGGCAGCAUCACCCAGCAUCAGUUAAAAGACGAUAGCAUGGUGGUCGCCUGGAACCACGUGGCCAAUUACUCCAAUAAAUGCCCGCCUCCGGGGCCGUACUUUAGCAAAGUUCGACUGCGCAAGCGGCCGAUCUGUUAGAAGUCCCAACAUAGAACUUCAGGGUAUGUCUACUACCCCUUCCCAUUUCCCCUGCUCUCUAAAAAAGCCAUAACCUACAUGUUAUAUUGCUUCGGCAUAUAUUCUUGACAUUCAGUUCCUACAAUUUCUUGCGAAGAAUCUUGGUUUAUAUAACAAAAUCCGCUUGAUUGUCAGGCAAUAGUUUUAAUUCAUCCUGAUGAGGUCUAAACAUACAAAUGUAGAUCACUAACGCAUAAAUUAUAUUUCGGUUGAACUGUUGAACUUCGCUUUUCAAGACAUGCACAAAAAUAAGUGUUUAUGUAUGUGUGUAUAUACAAAUUUAGAUUGAUCAUGGCCUAGCACCCCCAAUACUCCAUAUCAAUGUUAAAAAUAAUGCACAACGUAGAUAUCUGAUAAAUCUAUAUUCUUAGAAUUAAAGACAGAGUUUAUAUUAAUAGAGUAAGCAAUUAUUUUUGACUUGCCAUCACA